CUUUGGCUGCUGGCUAUUCCCAUCCGGUCGAUCACCGCGGACAUUUCCCCUCAUCUUCUGCAGGUCCCCAGGCUCUCCGGUAUAGCCGGAGCUUCCUAGCUCUGCAACAGUAGCACGCAGGAAUGGGCUUCCGGUACCCAUCACGUCAUCGGAGGGAAUCCUUUGGAAGGUAGCGAACGGUGGAGACGGGAUGCAUCGAUCGGUAUAUUUUGCAGCGUGCGCUGCAUUGGCGGCACUUUGGUACCUUGAUUGCUUUCCCUUCAUUCGAUUUCAGGUUCCUGGGAAGAGCGCAGAAAUGAAGAGAAGUAUACAGGCCGUCUUAGCGGCUUCGGCUGCUUCAUUGGCCUUCGGUCAGCAGCAGGUGCUUGAUCUGAGUACUGUCGACUGGACUUUGACCAGUCCGAAUUUUUCAUACAUUUCCGUGCGUGGUAAGGUACCGUCGCAUGCGCACCUAGAUCUCCAUGCUGCGCAGGUUAUCGGGGACCCGUUGUAUGGCUUGAACGACUUCAACCUACGUUGGGUGGCUUUUUCGAAUUGGACGUAUACUUCGGCACCCUUGACUUCGCUGAAAGCAAAUGCUAGCUCGACAUGGCUAGUGUUCAAUGGACUGGAUACUUUCACCAGCAUCGAGCUAUGCGGACAGCAUGUGGCUUCCACGAACAAUCAGUUCCGACAAUACUACUUCGAAGUCUCCAACAUCAUGGCAUCGUGCGAAAACCCCUUCUUGAGCGUCAACUUCGGGAGCGCACCAAUUAUAGCAAAUGCAAUUGCCGCACAGCCCGGCGCAGAGACAUGGCCGUAUGGCGUCCAGCAGCUAUUUGAGUUCACCAAUCGUGAACAAAUUCGCAAGGAGCAAAACGACUUUGGCUGGGACUGGGGCCCAGCAUUCGCACCUGCUGGCAUUUGGCAACCGGCGUAUGUUGUUCAGCUACCAUCUCAAAGCGUGUAUGUCCGCAAUACGCUGGUGGACGUAUAUCGCGAAGGACAGAGAAACCUGCUUCCUCCGGAUCAGUCGAAGGACUGGAGGCUGAACGCCAGUGUUGAUUAUCUCGGAUCGCUUCCUUCAAGCGCAACUCUGAACUAUGCAAUCACGAGCGGAAAGAACUCUACGAUCUUGAGCGGAAGCUUUAUGAACAUCACUUCCGAGGGCGGGAGGCUUACUGGCAGCAUUGUUGUCCCCAGUAACGCCGUAGAUCUAUGGUGGCCCGUCGGCAUGGGAUCUCAGACCCUGUACAAUUUGACACUAGAUGUCGUUGGCAGCGGAAACACGACAAUAGCAACGGUAACGAAACGCAUCGGGUUCCGCACGAUCUUUAACAAUCAGACGCCAGUCUCACAAGCCCAGCUGGAUGCUGGCGUUGCUCCGGGGAACAAUUGGCACUUUGAGAUCAACGGACACGAAUUCUAUGCGAAAGGGUCGAACUUCAUCCCUCCUGAUCCUUUCUGGCCAAAUGUUACCGAACCUCGUCUUCGUCAAUUAUUCGAGAGCGUGGUGGAUGGUAAUCAGAAUUUGCUGAGAGUGUGGUCGUCCGGUGCUUACCCACCCGACUUCAUGUAUGAUCUCGCGGAUGAGAUGGGCAUAUUGCUGUGGAGCGAAUUCGAAUUCAGCUGCGCGCUUUACCCUGUCAAUCAAGAAUUCUUAGAGAACGUUGCACAAGAGGCGGAGUAUCAGGUGCGGAGAGUCAAUCAUCACCCAUCGAUGACGUACUGGGCGGGCGGCAAUGAGUUGGAGAAUUUGGAGCUGUAUCUGGUCAAUGAGACUGCGCCGGAUGAGUAUCCUCGUUACCUAGCGGAGUAUGAGAAGCUCUUCCUGGACACGAUCGGUGUGGCGGUGUUUGAGAACACCCGAAGUAUCUCUUUCUCUCCGUCGAGCACGACGAACGGGUGGCUCACGCUAGACUUCUCGAAACAACAGCCAAUCGCCCAGCGAUACGAGAAUCUUACAGCCGGAUCGGUCUACGGCAAUACAGAUCACUACAACUACAACUCCACGGAAGCCUUCGAUCUUUCCACAUAUCCAAUCGGCAGAUUCGCCAACGAAUUCGGCUUCCAUUCCAUGCCCUCCCUCCAAAGCUGGCAGCAAGCCGUCGACCCCUCAGAUCUCCACUUCAAUUCCUCCAUCGUCAUGCUCCGCGAUCACCACCCACCAGCAGGCGGCCUCAACACAUCAAACUUCUACAACGCGUCCAUCGGUCAGGGUCAAAUGACGAUGGCUGCUCAGGAAUGGUAUCCAGUCCCCAACAAAUCCGACUCGCUGGCGAACUUUUCAGCGUGGUGCCACACGACGCAGAUCUUCCAGGCGGAUUUCUAUAAGAGCCAGAUUGAGUUUUACAGGAGAGGCAGCGCGCGGCCGGAACGCCAACUGGGGAGUUUAUAUUGGCAACUCGAGGAUCAGUGGCAGGCGCCUACUUGGGCGGGGAUUGAGUAUGAUGGGAGGUGGAAGGUACUGCAUUAUGUGGCGAAGGAUAUCUACUCUCCCGUCAUCAUAUCAUCAUACUUGAAUGUUUCGACGCACGAAUUUGAGGUCUGGGUGGUAUCCGAUCUAUGGUCACCUGUCUCCGCAUCCGUCAACUUGACAUGGUACGACUGGUCCGGGAAGCAGCUCAAUAUCAGCACGCCAACUUCAACCAACGUAUCCGUCGGCGCGCUAAACGGCACACAAAUCCUCUCCUCCAACCUGGACACCCUCCUCUCCAGGUACGACCCCUCACAGGUCCUCCUCGCCAUGCAGGUCUCCGCGCAGGGUGCACUCCCCAACUCCAACACGACGCAGACGUUCACGCACACGAACUGGUUCCACGCCACCGCACUCUCAAACGCUCCUCUCAUGGAUCCUGGCUUGCAGCUCAGCUACUCCAACGCAACGCCGAAGUUCACGGUGAAGGCAACGAAAGGGGUCGCGGCGUGGGUGUGGCUGGAUUAUCCAUCUGGUGCGGUGCUGAACUUUGAUGCGAAUUCAUUUUGGUUGGUGCCUGGGGAGGAGAAGGAGAUUGGAUACAGGGUCAAGAGCGAUACGACGGGCGGGAAGUGGGUGGACGGGGUAACGGUGAGGAGUUUGUGGGAUAAUACUGUCCCUUGAUGAAGAGCGAGCAGGAAGUCAUUCAUUCGGCGGAGAAAGGAUGUGGCAAGCUGGGGCUUUCCUUUUGCUGAGAACGCCAAUAAUUCCCUCGCGUCAACCAAAUACGAGGGAGCGCCAGCUGCUCACCCUCAUCGCAGCCCAACGCCAAUACACAAUUUUCUUCGGUCGCCUGUUGUUCGACGCCUUCUAUUCGAUAUGCAUAGUAUUGCGGCUGUGGUGGUUACGUAGUAUGCAGGAUGUAGAUCCAGUGGCGAUGCUGGCCUUUCCUAUUGGUUGAGUCGAUUUC